AUGCCAAAUCAAGUUCAACAGAAUGAGGCCCGAGCAUUGCUCGGCCUGCUCAGAGAUGACCUGGAAAUCAAGAAGCAUGAUCUAAGAGAGCUGGAAGAAUCCCUCAAUAAGCUCAAGGUCCUUGGGCGAGAUGCGGGCAAUGUGUCCCAAAUCUACGACAAGGCUGGAAUGAAAGUCUUGGGAAGUUAUGCCACCGGCAGCUAUCCUGCUAGUAUCCGCCAGGAAGCCCUGAGAUGCAUUGCGAAUGCCCUUCUCUUACUACCCCAGACACGACGCUUCACACUCGAGCUUGAGCUUGACAGAAAAGCGUCGGAUGCUCUACGAGAGGCGAAUCAAGAUGAAGAAUUCCUCCUCUCCCGCAUCCUCUUUCUGCUGACCUACGACCCUGGGAUUGACCUCAGAACACUUAUCACUGAGCAUGAUCUUGCCGGAACUAUUGUCAAACAUCUUUCACGGCACGCAGAAACCAUUCGCAAAUCGAAAGGCCAACUCGGUCAGCCGUCUGCACUAGCACUUCAGGAGACCCUCAAGCUGCUCUUCAACGUGACCAGUGCAAAGACAGAUCAUCUCGCAGAAUUCAGUCCGGCCGCUGUGGAAAUAUUUCGGAUUGUGAAUGAUUCGGAUAAUCCUUCACCACCGCUGCAGCCACCAAUGAAUCUGCUGAUCAAUGCACUAGCAAAUCUAGAGCUUGAUGAGGACACCAUGAAACACGACGGCGAGAUUGAGCCCGGAGUGUCGAAAUUGAUUACAAUCCUUGAACAAGCAAUAGAUGAGUAUUCGGUCGAUGAGCUGGAUACGAAUGCAAUUCCUCUACUCACUGUGCUGAGGCAUGUCAACGAGAAGGCAAGCCCGGCCAUGCGGCAGACCAUGAAGGCGCGUCUCCUCCCGGAGGACAAGGAACGGGAUCUGCCUCUGGGGAAAUCGUCCUCUCUAGCCUCAAAAUUGCUCCGGCUGACCACUUCCCACGGACUCCUCAACUUGAUCAAAGUGAUAUCUGGACUUAUGUUCGAGCUGUCGGACAAAGAUGCCAACCAGUAUGUCAAGAACGUCGGCUACGGAUAUGCAGCCGGAUAUUUGAUGACCCAUAACAUUCCCGUCCCGGAAAGUGCAAAGUCUCAGGAUGCGGGCGAACCAUCCACAAACACACCAGUGAACCCUAUCACUGGCCAACGGAUAGACAAGGAGCCAGCGGACGACUCACCGAAGAUGACACGAGAGGAAAAGGAGCGGGAGGCGGAGCGACUGUUUGUCCUCUUCGAAAGGCUGAAGUCGACCGGGGUUGUCGAUGUUAAGAAUCCUUUGGAGCAGGCCAGGGAUGAAGGCCGAUUCGAAGAGCUGGGUGACUCCGACACAGAUGCCAGUGAAUGA